AAAAUAGGCAAUUUUCCCCUCCCUCGUCUCUAAGCCAGCCGCCUCGCUGUCGCCGUCGGCUGUGGGCACGCGAAAUGCUCAGCCUCGGCGCCCAUCCCUUCUUGCUUCCUUCCUCCUCCCCACUCCACACUCGCCCCCGAUCGAGACCCCUCUGCUCACCCACCAGCUCCGCGCCGAUCGCCUCCUCCUCCUCACCGCCGCCCUCCCUCCGCUUCCUCCGCCGCGGCUGCGCCGCCGACCGGAGCCGGAGAGCGACGACGAUGGCCGCGGUAGUCUCCCCGGGGGACGGCGGCCUGGUCCACGACCUCAUGUCCUCAGGCGUCACCGCGGCCAUCGCCCUCGGCCUCCUCCGCUUCUUCGAGGAGCUCGCCAAGCGCGGCGUCUGCGACCAGAAACUGAAUAGGAAACUUGUGCACAUAACUAUUGGGAUGGUAUUCUUGCUCUUUUGGCCUCUUUUCAGCUCUGGAAGGUAUGCUCCUUUCUUUGCUGCACUUGCACCAGGGAUUAAUAUUAUAAGGAUGCUUCUAUUGGGGCUAGGAAUAAUGAAAAAUGAAGCUAUGGUCAAAUCAAUGAGCCGAUCUGGAGACCACAGGGAACUUCUCAAGGGACCACUGUAUUAUGCUACUACUAUAACUUUGGCCACGUCUGUAUUAUGGAGAACAUCUCCAAUUGCUAUAGCACUUGUCUGCAACUUGUGCGCUGGAGAUGGUAUAGCAGACGUAGUUGGGAGACGCUUUGGAAAAGAAAAGCUUCCAUACAACCCCAACAAGUCAUAUGCAGGAAGCAUAGCGAUGGCUGUGGCUGGUUUCUUGGCUUCAAUCGGGUACAUGCAUUACUUCCACAGUUUCGGUCUCAUGGAGGAGAGCUGGUACAUGACCUUGGGCUUCCUUGUGGUUUCUGUAGCCGCGGCACUUGUAGAGUCACACCCCAUCAGCACUGACCUGGAUGACAAUUUAACCGUUCCUUUGACAUCAUUCCUAGUCGGUAGCCUCGUUCUCUGAUGUUUAGCGCUAAGAAUGCGGUGACUUUCUUUUCUCCACCUGAACUUCCGACAUGUAACAAGAUUAUCGACAAGCAUGCGAUAUUUUUGUUGUUGUAAA